AUGCACGCCUCUCGGGGUGUCUCUUUCCUCGCUUCCUCCAAGGACUGGGGUUCUCUCACGGCCCCCAUCCCGCCCGGUGCCAGGCGUUUCCGGAGACUUCGAGCGAGGCGAGGAGACAGGAGACGAGCGGCGAGAGACGCAGCAACCGAUGCAGGCCCGCUCGUCUCCCGUACGCCGGCAGGAACACCCCAGACGAGCGGCGCCGGCUUCAUGUCGGUAGAAAGACAGGGAAGAGAGGAGUUGCGAAGUACGCGUGGGAAGAGGAUCCAAGACGCAGGAGAGGUUGACCACGCGGGCGUCGACGUGCCGAGCGCGGAGACUUCGCGCUGGAGGCUUUUCCAAACGCGCGAAACCUCCUCAGCGCUUCGAGACGGCGCCAGCGUUGGAUCCGCAGCGCGAAGGAGUUCUGUUUUCCCCGGUGAACAAAACGCGUUUGGUUCCUUUUCAGGUUCCUCUGAAAGGCGGGGAAGAUGCGUCAUCCCGAGUCGGCACUUCGCCUCUGCGUCUUCCGGCCUCUGCUGUUCUUCUGCCUUUUGUCGUCCUGCCUCCGUCGCUUCUUCCCGCGCUUCUCCUUGGCUCUCUUCGUCGUGCUCUGGGCGUCUCCUCGCCGCCUCGCCGUCUUCCUCGUCGCGUUUGGCCGCGGCCCGAGUCGCACGGCCGUCCCUGGCGUGUAGCGCCUCGCGUGGCUACGCACAAGUCGGUCUCCAGAGGGGAGCCCACGAACGUCAAGCGCAUCUGAAGACAGACGAAGGCGAGGCGCUGCCUCCGGAGCCGACGGCGGCGCCUGCGUCUCUGCCUCCCGUCUAUUCUCCGGGCCUUUCUCUCUCGCCGCAAGACGGUCCCAGCUUCGGCGCCACGCAAGGAGUUGAACGGAGGCAAGACGGGGACUGGGUAGGCCGUGACGAAGCGGGUCAUUCUCCUCCAAACGGUCAGAGUCCGCUUUCGCUCUCCCAUUCGUCGCCUUCCGUCUCGCCACCGUCCUCUGCUCCCUCUCCUUCUCGUUCUGCUGGGUCUGCCUGCUCGUCGGUCGCUCCGCAGUCCGACUUUAGUGGUACAACUUUGCUGCAGCGUCUCGAAAGCAUUCCGUGGAUCGGCAGUUUGUUGCAGGAGGUGCGCGCGCUCGAAGCGAACCGACGCCAGUUUCCUUCGGAGGAGAACGCAGAGAAGCUCCGCCUGUGGUGGCGAAGCCAUGCGGCUCGGCUCUUCAUUUCCGGAGUCAAGACGGGCUGCGCGGGGCCGCCGGCUGUUCAACUCCGCAUGUUGCGUCUCGCGCUCUCGUUCACGCCGCUGGCCGCCGCCGUGCCGCACCCGCUGGACCUCCCGCCGGCGUUUUCUCCGCCGCCCGAGCUGCAGGCGAGGCGCUCCGGCCUCAGUUCAGCAGCGGGCGAAACCCCGCGGCUAAGCGUGGAACCCGAGGGACUUGCGGAGGAGCCUCGCGAGCCGGGAUGUGGCGGGCGAGACGCGUUCGUCCGGGCAGCGAGGGCGGCAGCAGCCACAGACGCCGCUGGACGCAGCGCGACAGAAGACCUCGUUGUGACGCAGGCAGAUGCAGACACAUUUGGCCCCGCCUUCGUCGUCUUCUCGCAGUUGCCGUCGCUGCCGCUCGAGCAACGGCUGUGGUGUCUUGACCAGUUCGCGUUCUUCUUCGUCCACAACUGUCUGUGCGCGACGGUUCGGCAAGCAGAUGAAAGCGCCGCAGCGCGCGGCGAGAAACGCGGGUGGCGAGGCCGAGGCCGAGCGGAGGACGCGCGCGACGACCGACGGAAGAGCAAGCUGAAGAAAGAAGACAUCUACUCCCAGGUGACGUGCAACUUUCGCGUCUCGUCUUCCGGCAGCCUCGUUGUGUCGGACGCGCGACUCUGGGAGUUCUUGGGGAAGGCCGUGGUUCUCCUCGGGCAGGAAGGAUACUUUGACGUCGCUGCGCACCUCACGUUUUCGCUCCUCUCGCUCGUGUACGACAUCCGCGCCUUUCCUGCGCAGCGACCGUGCACGCCUGCGGCGCAAGGCCGCGGAGCCGCAGACACGAAGACAGACACGGAGACAGAGACAGAGACGGAGACGGGACAGGCUGCGGAGCUGGCCGGGAGCCCUCGUGAGGCCGGGAGCUUGGGCGAGGAGGGCGACCGCGCAAGACAGGCAGAGAACAUAGCAAAGCGGAACAGCCGGUGGAAGCUGCCGAAGAACCUCUGGCUGCAGAUGCUGGCGACGCGCCACGAGGCGCCUCUCGCUUCGUCUGCUUCGCUCGCGGCUUCGUCUGGUGGGUUGGAGGCGUCUCAUGGCGGAGACGCUGAGUCGAGGGACAUCCCCAGAAUCGCUUUCGAGUCGCAGGAAAUCGCAGCUGUGGACAUGGUGGACGAGCUCUUUCUUUUCCUCAAGAGAGAAGUGGCUGAGGCGGCACCGCUGCUCGCGCGGGCUCUCCUCUUGGCGGAGGCGGGGGAUGAUGGACGCCGGGAGGGGACACAUCGCGGCGCAGCGCAGCGCGGACCAGGAGCGGCGCGUAGCCAGUUCGCGUCCCAGUUCAUGCGAGAAGAAGAGCGAAGUGCGAAGCAUCGCGCGUUUGCGCGGAUUCUCGAAACCGCAGUGGUGAAGAGAGCCGCGGGGAUGCGCGCGGGAAACGCGGUCGAGGAAGGGGGUGUUGGGUCAGUGCCAGGCCCGCGCGCGACACUGCCCGGGUCGAGCGGAGGAAGACCGUGGCAGGUGAUAAAGAAGAAGAACGCGUUGGACGAACAGCGGAAAAGCGUGGGGGGAGGGUGGUACUUCGACAAGACUGAUGGUACGACGGGGUCACUGGCGAAGGGUGCGGAAACCGAGGCGCCGAAGGAGCUGAGCGCAGAUGAGACGCCGAGGGCUGAGCCUCCUGGGCUCCCGGGGACGGCAGACGCGUACGCGGCCUUGCUGCGUGUAGGCGGGCCAAGGGGGGUUGGAGAAGAGUCGGCGCGCGGCGAGUCGGGCGCAGAUCCGCAGUUUUCUCCACCGUUUGGCUUCAGCAGUCUUCUGUGGUUCCUGCGUCUCGAAAGCAUCUUUUACCGGACGCAAGACAUCGACCUCUCCUCAAUCGUUUAUCGCCUCCUCACGCAUCUCAUUGACCACGAAGUUCCCCAGUUCCUGUUCCCGCCCGCUGCCUCGCGUGCUGCGCCUUCUGCGGCGCCUGCGGCCGCUCGGGUUGCGCCUCUGUCGUCUCUGUUUGCGGCCUCGCCGCUGCCCUCGUUCUCGCUGUCUCGGCGAGGCGCUACCACGCUGGCGCAUGCAGUCGGCGCCUUGAAGGCGACUCGGCGGUACGAACACGACUUGCUGCGCGCACUCUGCGACGCGCUGCGUCCAAAUCUGCCUCUCCUUUCGACGCCGCUCGCGUGCGAGACCAUGUACAACCUCGGGUGUCUCGGCUACAGCGAUCCGGCCUUUGCGCAUGCACUCGCUCGCCACCUGGCGAGCUCUGGAGUUCUGCGCCACGCCACAGUCGACUCGAUGAUGCAGCUGCUGAUCGGCUUCUCGCGCCUGGAGUUCCGGGACGACACUCUGACUGACGCGUGCAUCAAGGGUCUGCUUUACAGUGAAGGCGACCGGAAGAAAAAAGUUCCUGCGACCGGACAAGUGGACACACCGGCAGAAGGCGCGGCCGUGGCAAAACAGACGUCGGGGACGCCAGCGGCUUACCUGGAGGAAGCGUUUUACCAAGAGAGGCAGGCUGGUGCGAACGCGUCUCGGAGACCAGAUGAGUCCUUGCCACUCUCCGUCGUCGGUUCAGAGAGAAACAACAAGGUCAUGCAGACGUCCGUCGACCUUUUGGCCCGGACACACCGGCCACAGAGUCUGUUUUACCUUCUCCACAGCAUCAGCAAGAAUUUUGUGCGCUCGCUUCCGCUUCUGGCGUCGCUUUUGCCGGCUCUGCAUCGGUUCGCCACUGCUGUCCCCUCCAACGUCGCGGUUCUGGCCUUCCACGACCUGGUCAAAAUGGGCAUUUGGCCGGGACCUUUCCGGAAGGCGAUUCUCUCGACGCUAACGCGCGACAUCGAGCGCCAUUCUCUGAUUCCUCUGGCUGCGUCGACGAUUCUAACGUGGAGUUUGUGGGGUCACUUCGACGUUCCGCUGUUCCUCCGCAUGGCGCAUCAAUUCCACAGGAAGGCAGCAGCUCCGGUGGGAGGCGCGGUCCGGAGAGACGGCGGGGAGGCGGCGGAAGGAAAAGACGCGACGCAGAGAGGCUCGGAUGCGCGCGAGAGAGAGAGAGAGAAGAAACCCGCGGGGAAGUGGGAGGGUGCAAGAAGCGUCACAAGCAUCAAGGUGUCUACGCAGUUCUGGUCCUCUGCCUACGGGCUGAAUCUUCUCGCACUAACGCCUCGCGAUUUCAUCCAACAUGUCAACGCCGUUGAUCGUCAAAUUCACCUAGAGCUGCUGGACAUCCACCGCAGGCAGUCUGUGCGACAGAAUGCAUUUCUUCUCGCCGACUCGCUUCCUCCGAGCGGUUCACCAUCUUCGCCGUCUUCCACAGCGUCGGUGUCUGACUCCGGCCUCGCCUCAGCGCCGGCGUUCUCUCCUUUCUCGGCCACGCGAUUCCCGAUGCGCCUUUUCCCGCGUUGCCGCCACUCCGCGGAUGCGCGGAUACGCUUUUCCCCGUGGCAAACCGGGUCUUUGGAGGGGCUGAAGGCAGCAAGCCUUCUGGAAAUACCGGAGGAGAACUGGAUUCCGAAGAGCUCGAGUUUCCACGCCGAAGUCGUCGCGUCGUGUCCCCCGUUCCUUCGAGACCGGGUUAUCAACGAGCAGCCUGCUGGGCCUUAUGAAAUCGACGUCGCGCUUCCGGCUGAGGCGGUGGACGCGUGGAAAAGAACGCAGAGCAGCAACGGCUGUGACGACGAGGAAGAGGACCGGAGAAGAAGUCCACGCAAGACAAAAAAGUGCAAGGGAUCGCAGAACAAAGGGCUUUCCCAGUCAGGGGGAAGGUGA